AUGCAAAAUAAUAUUAUUGUUCAACCAAUGUCAUCAGUCACUGGUUUUGUCGCAUCUAAAAUGAUUAUCGAUGGUGAAGAGCACAAAUCUCUUCCUUCAGACAUCUCUAUUGUGCAGAGUAACAGAUCAUUCUACAUAUGGCAUAAGAUCUAUCAAGUUUUUGCAAAGGUGACAUUAACAGAUAAGAAUGUUCUUGAAAUCAAUUGUGGUAGUGGUGCUGGUGCUGCAUGGUGUAUUCAUACUCAUGCAUUUCAUUCUUACAUUGGAAUAGAUCCAUCUCAAGAUGUCAUUAACUUAUGUCAACGACUUUAUUCGACAGUUCCUCGACUUUCUUUCGUAGUAGCUGAUGCAACAAAACAUUUACCAUUUGAAAAUGAGUCAAUUGAUAGUAUUCUUUGUAUUGAAACAACACAUGCUUUUGGCGAAUCAAUAGCAAUCACACAGUUUGCUAAUGAAGUCGUUCGUGUACUUCGUCCAAAUGGAUAUCUUCUAUGGUGUGAUUUUUGUUACAUGAAUGGAUCAGAUACAUCAAUUUAUGAUCUGAUAGCAAAUAAUGACUUAAUCAUUGAAGAAAAGAUUAAUAUUACAAAGAAUGUUCUUCAUGCACUUGACAUUUAA